ACCUCUCAACAUUAUCUCCUUUCUUCUUCCCCUUCAAAGCUUUUGGAAAUUUAAGUAAUAGCCAUAUUUGGGAGGCUGGUGCAGGAAUUAAUUUUCCGGCAUAAAAUGAGGCUUCACGGUGGCGGCCCCGCCAAGGGUCGUCAAUAUUUGCCACCAAUCUUAGUGGCAUUAGCCAUAUUGGUUGUUGCUAAUAUAGCGUCAGCAGAACCUUAUAUAUAUUCUUCUCCACCACCUCCAUCAUACGAGUACAAGUCACCGCCGCCUCCAACUCCUUCUUCACCGCCACCUUAUGUCUACAAAUCUCCACCUCCUCUGUCACCUUCUCUCCCGCCACCGUAUGUGUAUAAAUCUCCUCCACCUUCAUCAUCAUCGCCACCUCCACCAUAUUACUAUAAGUCUCCUCCACCACCAUCACCUUCACCACCCCCGUAUCAUUAUAAGUCUCCACCUCCACCAUCACUUUCACCACCACCUCCAUAUUAUUAUAAGUCUCCACCUCCACCUUCUCCCUCGCCUCCACCACCACCUUCUCAUUCACCUCCUCCACCAUACUACUAUAAAUCUCCACCUACUCCAUUUCCAUCACCACCCCCACCCUACUACUACUACAAAUCCCCACCACCACCUGCGAAGUCACCUCCUCUCCCAUACUAUUACAGUUCUCCACCACCACCAGUGAAGUCUCCUCCUCCGCCAUAUCAAUAUUCGUCACCACCACCAAAGAAAUCACCUCCCCCACCAUAUCUCUACACUUCCCCACCACCACCUGCGAAGUCACCUCCUCCCCCAUACUAUUACAGUUCUCCACCACCACCAAUGAAGUCUCCUCCUCCGCCAUAUCAAUAUUCGUCACCACCACCACCAAAGAAAUCACCUCCGCCACCAUAUCACUACACUUCCACACCACCACCAAUUAAGUCUCCUCCUCCACCAUAUUACUAUUCCUCACCACCACCACCAAAAAAAUCACCUCUGCCACCAUAUCACAACACUUCCCCACCACCACCAGUUAAAUCUCCUCCUCAACCAUAUUACUAUUCCUCACCGCCACCACCCAAGAAAUCACCUCCUCCACCAUAUUACUACUCUUCUCCUCCACCACCAGUAAAGUCACCUCCAACUCCAUAUUACUACACCUCCCCACCACCGCCAAAGAAGUCGCCUUCCCCACCAUACUCCUACACUUCACCACCACCACCUACUCAUUACUAUCCUCCACGUCAUUAUAUGGUGGUCAAGGUUGUGGGAAAGGUAUACUGUUUUAGAUGCUAUGAUUCAAAAUAUCCAGAAAAGUCUCAUGGCAAGAAACACCUAAAAGGUGCUGUUGUUGAGAUAACUUGCAAGGCUGGUGACAAGAAAAUUGUGAGUUAUGGUACCACAAAGAUCAACGGCAAAUUUAGCAUUACUGUUAAAGGAUUUGAAUAUAGCAAAUAUGGAGCAAAGGCUUGCGAGGCUAAACUCCACAGUGCUCCAAAAGAUUCAAAUUGUGACAUUCCUACAAACCUUCAUUGGGGAGUAAAUGGUGCUAACCUCAAAGUGAAGUCAAAGAACCAUUAUGAAGUUGUACUUUAUGCAAAACCAUUUGCUUAUGGCUCUAAGACACCUUAUGCGAAAUGCAUAAAAUCUAAGCCUACACCUGCUCCAUACUACUACAAAUCUCCUCCACCUUCAUCGCCAACUUAUAUUUAUAAGUCACCACCUCCUCCAUCACCAGCAUAUAUUUAUAAGUCACCACCUCCCCCAACCCGUACAUACGUUUACAAAUCUCCGUCGCCACCAACUAAGUCCCCAUCAUCUCCUUAUUAUUACAAGUCUCCGCCUCCACCAUCACCGAAACCUGCACCCAUAUAUUAUUAUAAAUCACCACCACCUUCGUUACCAUCGCCUCCACCUCCUUACUAUUACAAAUCUCCUCCACCACCAUCGCAUUCUCCUCCUCCUCCAUAUUACUACAAGUCACCACCACCACCAUCAUAAUCACCUCCACCAUCUUACCAUUA